GUAGUUGAGAAAGGUGUACCCACCCUAGAUUAUGAAUAAACAGUCUUGAAGUCCAACUCGAGUAUCAUUGACGCCUACCCUGACAUGGCGCAGCCGGAAAUUAUAUAAAUGUUUUAAUUAACGAGAAUAUAGUAUAAAAAGUUUAAGAAAUUCGUUAGUGGACUUAGUUGUUUAUGUACAAACAUGGAAACAGUGCUUACGCCUCCGUUGCCGUUUACUUAUGAUCAAAGUUUAUUGAACAUUACUACGGGCAGUUUGAGUGACAGUUGGAAUAAAUGGAGUAAAGGAUUUAAAAUAUAUUUCGAAGCGUGUGAACUUUCUAAAAAAACACCGGCCAUACAAAUAAAUAUAUUGCUUCAUGUAGUGGGUGAGCAGUGCAGAGAAUUGUAUGAACAACUAAAUGUGAAGUGUACAACGGUAGAACAAGUUUUGGCCGAGUUUAAAAAAUAUUUUGAUCAAAAGAAAAACUUAACGGUCGAGAGGCAUCGAUUUUUUACGCGAAGUCAGGCAGAAAGUGAAACAAUAGAACAAUAUGUGUUUGAUUUAAAGAAAUUAUCAACUUCAUGUGAAUUUGGAACUUUAUGUGAUUCCUUGAUUAAGGAUAGAUUGAUAUGUGGCAUCGCGAGCAAAGCUAUUCGGGAGAGAUUAUUACGUGAAGCCGACUUGACUUUAGAACAAGCUAUGGAGAUUUGUCGAGCGGCUAUAGUAUCCAAAGUGUAUUCAGAAAAAAUAAUUGAGUCGCGAGAAAAAUCGGUACAUAACAUAACGACGGGUGAUGAUUCAUUGCAAGAUAAUAACGUAUGGCAAAUAUCACAACGAGGAGGUUACGGUCGUGGCCGAGGACGGUUCGCGGGGUCGCGAGGCGGCCGCGGUGCCGGGCGCGGGGCUUGGAGCAGGCGCAGCGCGGGCGGUUGGCGCGCGCAGGACUCGACCGUGUCGGCGCGAGCGGCGGCUGGCGCUGGCGGGAGCGGCGCUGGCGAUCGUGGUGCGACGUAUAACGCGUAUAAUAACAGUCGUUGUUGUAACAAAUGUGGCACAACGCACGGAAACUAUGCGUGCCCCGCGUAUGGAAAACGUUGUUUACGGUGUUCGCGUUUGAAUCACUUUUCGCGUAUGUGUGGUGUGUAUCAAAUUGAGGAGUCGGACCAACAGGUAAUAUAUUGUCUUAAUAAUGAGAUAGAUGAAUGGACGAUUGUUUUAAAUGUUAAUAGUCAUAACUUAGGGUUUAAGCUUGAUACGGGAGCCGAAGUUAAUGUUUUGCCAUUACGUUACUUAUCUCAAGUCGGUUUAAGCAAAGAAAAUUUAAUGGUUACAACAUCGCGACUGCACGGUUAUUCUGGAAAGAACUUGGAUGUUCUAGGGAAAUGUUUUUUGAAAGUGGUAUAUAAAGAUAACGUAUAUUUUUUGGAAUUUAAAGUGGUUGAUGUGCCGUCCGCUCCUGUAUUAGGUAAAAAUGAUUGCAAGCUCAUGAAUUUGGUUAAAAGAGUAUUUGCGGUGAGUGAAACGGAGCAAUUACAUUCUCCGGCUUUUGUUACGGAAUAUAAAGAUGUAUUUCAGGGUAUAGGUUGUUUGCCUGGCAGUUAUAAAAUUAGAGUGAAUCGCGAAUGUAAGCCCGUAGUGCACGCUCCAAGAAAGGUACCAAUACCAUUGCGAGAAAAAUUAAAGGCAAAGUUAGAAGACAUGGAGCGACAAGGUAUCAUAGAGAAGGUUGAGGGCCCUACUGAUUGGGUCAACAGCAUGACCAUUGUAAAAAAACCAAAUGGUGACCUUAGGAUAUGUUUAGACCCAAAAGAACUAAAUCAAGCAAUAAAACGAGAACACUUUAGGUUGCCUACAUUAGAUGAAAUCGUUUCGAAUUUAUCAGGGGCUCAGUAUUUUAGCACACUAGAUGCUACUAAUGGUUUUUGGCAAGUAAAAAUAGAAAAUAGUGACCUUUGUACUUUUAAUACACCGUUUGGGAGAUAUAAGUUUCUACGUAUGCCCUAUGGAAUAUCGUCAGCGUGUGAGGUUUUUCAUCGCAAAAUAUAUGAGAAUUUCGACGAUAUCGAAGGAGUUUGUAUGUACGUAGAUGACAUUUUAGUCUUUGCCAAAACCAAAUCGGAGCACGAUGAGAGAUUGAGACAGGUAUUAGAGAGAUGUCGUAAAAUUAAUUUAAAAUUAAAUUUGACUAAGUGUAAGUUUGGUCUUGAGGAAAUUAAAUAUUUGGGACAUAAAAUUACGAGGAAAGGUCUGUACCCAGAUGAUAGUCAUAUCUCGGCUAUUAUUAAUAUGCCUAGGCCACAGAACAGUAAGGACGUCGAACGUUUGUUAGGGCUAACGACUUACGUGGGUAAUUUCAUACCUAAUCUUUCUAAUAAAACCGAACCCCUCAGAGAAUUGUUACAGAAGGAUAUAGAGUGGCACUGGAAUGAGAGACAUGAAAACACAUGGAAUGUCAUUAAAAAGUGUUUGUCUCAAAAACCAGUGUUGCAAUAUUAUAGCAUGACUAAGCCGAUAAUACUUUCUGUCGAUGCGAGUAAGAGUGGCCUUGGAUGUGUACUUUUACAAGAUGGCCUGCCCGUGUGCUAUGGUUCAAAAGCGCUUACAAAAACUGAACAGAGGUACGCACAAAUAGAGAAAGAGUUAUAUGCAUGCGUACAUGCAUGUGAAAAGUUUUAUGGUUAUAUUUAUGGGCGCACAGAUAUAACAAUCGAAACUGACCAUAAGCCCCUCUUGAGUAUAAUAAAGAAACCGAUUGUGGAUGCCCCACCGAGGUUACAGCGCAUGCUGUUAAGGCUCCAACCAUAUUCGUUUAAGCUAGUUUACAAACCCGGCAAGCAGUUGCAUAUAGCGGACGCGCUAUCGCGCGCCUACGAGCCGCUAGCGGCCGCUUCCAGCGAUCAUCAUGACCUGCAAGAUGAACUUUCAGAGGCGGUCCACACCGUGUGUGCAUACAACGAGUUAACUGAUACUCACUAUUUAAUACUACAAAAAGAAACAGAUAUUGACAGUGAGAUGCAACUGUUAAGAAAGUAUAUUAGAAAAGGAUGGCCGGAAGAAAAAAAAGACGUAGAAGACGUUGUGAAACCGUACUGGCAAUACAGAGAGGAUUUAACAGAAGGAAAUGGAUUACUAUGGAAAGGAUCGAAUACUUACCCUCUCCGGCAGAAUUACUUCAAAAUAGAAAGUUACGUAGCAUUCUACCACUUCGCGAAACAGUCCUAG